CACACACACCAACACACACUCGCACGGAGAGAGACACGGUCAUGCAGAGGGAGAAAGCAAAGGGGAGGGAGAAGGAGAGGUAGAGCGCCACACACAACGAGGGAACCCCAUCAGCUGGAAGUCGAGUAACAUUACAACUCUCGGUCGCCUCAAAAAGAACUACAAUACACGGACGAGGGAUUCGGAUUUACUUUGUGGAUUUAACGCGCCUCGGAUCACGGGAUUUUUUGUCAUCUGUUUCCCUUUAAUCCAGCGGAGAUUGCCGUUUUGUUUUCAUUUUAUUCUAUCUUCUUAUUUUGGAGAGGGAGGGGGGCCAAACUGGCGAGAGACGAGCAUGGAGUAUUUCAUGGUUUCAGCUCAGAAGGUGCCCCCGCUGCAACAUUUCAGGAAAACGGAGAAAGAAGUGAUUGGCGGUCUCUGUAGUCUGGCCAACAUUCCUCUGACCCCAGAAACAGCCCGGGACCAAGAGAGGCGAAUUCGCAGGGAGAUUGCCAACAGCAACGAGCGUCGGCGUAUGCAGAGCAUCAAUGCUGGAUUCCAGUCACUUAAAACACUCAUCCCACACAGCGAUGGGGAGAAGCUCAGCAAGGCUGCAAUCUUGCAACAGACGGCAGAGUACAUCUUCACUUUGGAGCAGGAGAAGACGCGGCUAUUGCAGCAAAACAGUCAGCUGAAGCGGAUCAUUCAGGUACAGGAGUUAAGUGGUUCGUCACCGAAGAGGAGACGGGCGGAGGAGAAAGAUGAAGGGAUCGGCUCUCCAGACAUCCUGGAGGAGGAGAAGACUGAAGAUCUGAGGAGAGAGAUGAUUGAGCUGAGGCAGCAGCUGGAAAAAGAGCGCACAGUCAGGAUGAUGCUGGAGGAUCAGAUGCGCUCCCUGGACGCUCAGCUGUACCCAGAGAAGCUGAAGGCGAUCGCCCAGCAGGUCCAGGAACAACAAGUCCAGACGCAGAGUCUUGUUCGUCUGCAGAAGCAGCUAGAGAGGGACCUCACUCCAGCACACAGCCCUCAGGUGUUUGCUCCUGCUACCCCGCCCGCACCCACACACCAUGCCACAGUCAUCGUUCCUGCGCCCGCACCAACUCCCCAGCCCCAUCACGUCACCGUGGUAACCAUGGGCCCGACAUCGGUCAUUAAUUCCGUGUCCACAUCUCGGCAGAACCUGGACACCAUCGUUCAAGCAAUCCAGCACAUUGAGGGCACCCAGGGGAAGGUUUUUGAGGAGGAGCAGAGGAGGGCGGUCAUCGUCAGCUCGGGGCGCAUCCUCUCCGACGCUGCUGGCUCGGACACGGCCUCAAACAGCGACGGACCCGACGACUGCUCGCUGCCUUGAGCUCGCCUGCCUGAAGGCUCGUGUACCCGACACCUUCAUACACGCACACACUCACACACAAGGGCCCCGAAGCAGACCAGGGUUAUGGGAGACUACAAACUCACAGCACUCUUGUUCUGUGUACGUAAACCGAGCUGGUAGCACCCAUUUUGACGUACUUUUCCCCCCCAUCUUCUUCUCUACAUCAGAUUUUUACAAAAAUAGGCACCUGAGAAGGUUUACAAUUACACAUUCACACCCGUAGUUUCGUUCUUUUUCUGUUUUUUUUUUUUGGCUUAACUCAAACCUCUGCUCUUUUUACAACAAACUCUUGUCUCUUCAUGACUCCAUGGGACUGUUAUUAAAGCUACUAAUUGAUUUUAUGAACUCUGGGUCAAACUGGAAACUGGACUUUCAAACGCCUGUUAGACAUGUCCAUCAGCCGCCAGGACUGUCCUCCCAGCGCUGUCCUGAAGUCGUGUGACUGAUCAAAGAAACGGGAAAGAGGCCCACGGGUGUGACGUCGGCGGCCGCCAACUGAGCGUGAUUAUUAUGAAGAUGGACGCCCUUUCAAACAGCUCCGCUCGAGAACCAUCCGGGCUGUUGGCAAACACACUGUGAGUUUGCAAGACUGUCCUAAAAGUUCUUUGUUAUUUUAUUAAGUCAAAUUAUUCAUGUUUCUCUCUUAAAUGCUCCACUUGUAAGUAAAAGAAAAAAAAAAAGAACUAAAGGCUGUUUAUAUGGCUGACUGGUGCUCAUACAAUAAGAGAGUACACUUACUGGUUCACAACUUUAGUUUUGUUGAUUCUUUUUUUUUUUUAUGUUUGUUUUUGCUGGGCUGGGAUCCCAGUAAUCCCACAUCUUGCCUGUUUUUUGUUUUACUGUUUGCAUCCUCUACUUCUGAGUAUAAGAGCCCCUGGCCUGACGUAUAAGCUAAUCUGUUGGGCCAUGAUGAGUACUUUUGAGGAGUGUGUGUGUCUGAGUGUUUUAAGGCAGCGGGACUUCGUGGUGCCCGAGACUCUGGCAGUCUGAAACUCCACCACCUUAGCCUUGAAAUGCACGACUCAUUUAUACAAAAAGGACGCAUACAAUCACUUAUUCGCUCGGCCUAGAGAGCCUGUUUUGUUGUUUGUUCCGCCUUUUGGGACGUAGGAGGAUUAUGGUGACAUUUGAGGAAGAAUGCCCUGAGAACUAGUUAGUGUGCCAUUCAUGGUGACGACUGAAUUUACUACAAAUGCUCUAUGCAUUUGUCUUUUUCGUAAGUUUUCUGUUUA